GGAACUGGAUUAGCCCGAGCAAAAUAUUUGUUUUUAUGUUCAUGUUUAAGUUGCGGAUAAACGGCCAUUCACAGCGAAAUAGAUUUAUUUUACCACUUCCGUGGGACAACACUGUAAAGUGUGACCGCUACCUGUAAGAUAUCAGCUGACCGAAACGCAAAUUCGCAAAAUAAUAACAAUCAAUAAAGAUACGAAUUUUCGAAUCGAUAGCAUUCUAGCAUUCGACAAGAAAACUGGCUGGCAGCUAUGCCGAUUUCAGAGACCCAGAAGGCAGGACUCCGCGAUCUACUUCUGAAUGAAAAGAACUCGCCGGUUCUGCUGCAGUUGGUCAAUAGCACCACGAAAAAUGUGUGGAAAACCGAGGAUCCAGAAGAAGCCCUUAGACUGCUCACUGCACAUAUUCCCGACAUUUACACCCUGCUUUACAAACGCGCUAUAACCAGAGAACUUCUGUUCAGUUACUGGCACACUCGACAGCCGAACGUUGCCACUGAUUUCACUAAGGCGGACCUUGUAGCAAAGGUGAUUCAGUACUGGGAACAGGAAAAGGGAACGGAGUCAAACAUAACUUCUAGAGGUCAAGCUGCCGUCUCAGUUUACGCGACUUACAAGCUAAACGACGAGAAUUACCCCAUUCACGCUAUCGCCCGAAAGUUUGGAGAAUGGUUCUUUGAACGUUUCAAUUCAGACAGUUUGAGCCUGGUGGACCUGUGGACCGACGCGGCUCUGCACCUCACCAUCGUGGCCAGCGAUGGGAUCAAUGAGCUGGAGUGUGCGACGGCUGCAGAGGUGCUGUCGGCACUAACGAGCGCCAAAAAGCAGUUUGGCUUUCACUUCAAUCCAAACUUGACACACGCCGGGAUUCAGGGCCGGAUGGAUGCGUACGGACAGGUCAUGGUGCUCUGCUGCGGAACUCUGCACACGCCCAAAAGCUGCGUUGGAGUCUUUGAGUGCGCCUUUGGACUGCUGCGGGAUCCCUACGCGGACAACAACUGGAAGCCCAAGAAAUUCAAGUGCUUGCUCAAAAGCGAAUUACAGCCCCCGGGACUAUACACUCUAUGCUCGAGCAAGACACUUCAGGCAGCACUGGAGCUGCCGGUACCUACCGAUGACUUGGACUAGCGGUCUGCUAUUGAACCAGCAUUAGUACAUGCCUAUAUUUACACUUCGAUAUUAAAUAAAAUUAAGCUCACCUGAA